UACGAGCCGUCAACACUUUGAAUUUGACCGAGAACGUGGUAUGACGAAAUCGCUUGAUACCGUGGGACCGUGGUAUCUAACCAACAUUAUAAAACUUUUGGCCUCACGUGCGGAAAAAUCGCCAAAUCAUUGUUUCCUGUUUGUUUGUUUUUUUUCACACAUCAGACCAGCAUUUCUGGCACUGAAAACCUACAUGCUACAAUAGCUCACUUACUCAUAACUAUUCCAGGUAACUUUUGAAAUUUAUCAAUAGCUAUUUAUACUGAUAUCCCUCGAAACAUUGUGAACGUGUUUUGUUUCUAUUUGGAUUCUUAAAACAAUUUUGAUGUUACAGAAGUAACUUCUUAAAAAAUCAGGUAUUUUAAAAUGCGAAUGAACAAUUGAGAAUAGUGGAAAGAAUUCAAUUUAUAUGACAGUAGCAUUUGUUCAUAAUUUGCUCCAAAAGCAAAGUGCGCCUAUUUGAAUUUUUGCCACUGUAAUCAUGAAAUAUCUUAUCAGUGUAAAACAAAAAAAAAACCCUGAUAGUAGCAAUUUUGGUAGGAAGUAUAAACUGUCGGUUGUUGGAAGUUUAUCCACACAAGGAAGCAGAUAGUUGAAUAAAGGUGAUGGAUUCAAUCCUGGAGUUCGAGCUGAAAUCGUACGACACGACGCAUCCAAACCGUGGCAUUGCAGUGGUCAUAAAUGAUAGUGAAAGGAGAGAAGGUUCGGAAAAAGACGUACAAGAUGUGGUGGCUACGCUGGAGGGUUUGAAAUUUAACGUGCGUACCUUCCAGGAUAACACAAAGAAAGAGAUCAAAAAAGCUCUAUACAAAGUGGCCCGCGAGGAUCACAACGAAAACGACUGUCUGGUAAUUGUGGCGAUGGCACACGGAAAGAAAGAUCAUAUCACGCUGAAAAAAGAAAAGCUGCGAAUCGACAAACUGUGGGCUAGUUUUGUGGGAAACAAGUGUCCUUCAUUGAUUGGGAAACCGAAGCUUGUGUUCAUUCAAACGUGUCGCGGUGAUAACGUAGACUUUGGAGUAGCUUCGCACGAGACAGAUUCGACACCCUGUUCAGUGGAUCCUGCACCUGGUAUUAUACCAAUGUAUGCGGAUCUGUUGGUGAUGUACUCAUCCUACGACCGUCACAUAUCGGUUCGCUGCAAGGACAAAGGAUCCUGGUUCAUACAAUCGCUUUGCCAAGUGUUGCGCGACAACAUUGCCGGAAAGGAGCUUAUCAGCUUGCUAACCCAAGUGUCCUACAUCGUGUCGUGCCAAACAUCCAUCACGUCCGACGGGGAAACGGUUAAACAAAUACCGUCUAUUAACUCAAUGCUCACGAAAGCCUUCUACUUUGUGCCAAAACAAACUCAGCAGAUAAGCUGAAAGCUGUAAAGCAUUUAGAAAAUAAAUGAACUCCAAGCUAUUUUAUGUUGCGAUGGCUCGGUUGUUUUGUUCUGAAUUCUUCCGAAACAUAAUUAAACAAUAUUUGACUGCCUUAGCCAUCAUACAUAUCAGUCAGUGAUGUAUAUAGAUGUACAGGUAGUCCCCAACCUCUUAUACGAAGAUUUGGACGAGGAAUAAAUUUGACAGUUCUUUGAGCAAAUUGUACUGAUUUGACACAUGAAUUGUAAAAUGCCAAAUAAUUUCCCUUUGAUUGAAUGUUAAAAACCAUUUCAACAGGUUUAAAACUGCUGUAAUAA